AUGGAUAAGCGCAAUUUGGAAAAUACUCCCCGGGCGGGUACCAGCAAUGGAGAAUCCCGUGCACCCUCGAAAGAGGGUGUCUGCCGCGCGUAUACGGGGGCGGCACAAAGUGCGUCGAGUGAGGCGGAGGCUGCCAAGGCGGCGAGACAGAAGGCCAUUUUGGCGGCGCUAGGAGGAGGAGGUGACAGCGCGAAGAAACGCGACAGCCCGAAGCCGGCGCCCAUUACCGCGCCGGCAGCGGAGCUUUUAACGGAUGAGGACGUUGACUUCAGCCAGCCGCAGCCCAACGGCGUUGAGCGGAUGCUGAAGUUAAUGCAGAAGAGGAAACUGAGAGGCGACAAGGAUCUGCCGCGUGUUCUUUUAACACGCGACGUGAAAAUGCCGCCUCCGAGUACUGGAAAGGACUCUCUGACUGGUAGAGACUCCCCUCGUGGUCGAGUCUCCCAACAUGGAUUUGACUCCCUCGGUCGUGACAGCGAGGACUGGCUCUCGGACUCCAGCGAAAUGUCCAGCAUGUCGCUGGACUCCGAGGGACUGCCUGCACUUACCCCGGAUAGGACUCACCGUAAGAGACGGAACACGGAGGAAGACAUGGCGCCGACCCUCAGUAAAGGGGUGGUGCCCAAAUCUAAGAAAGGACGCGGCCGCCCGCCAACAACCGGACAAUAUGUCGGUUUGGCGAAGGCGCAGGCCGACUUGAACCGAGAGAAGGAGGAGGCCCUUCGACUUCAGGCUGAAGAAGAGGUGGCCGAGGCGGCCAGGGCCGCUCGAGAGACGCGGUCUUCGCUCCUCGCGAGCCCUGCGCCCAUAGACAGUGACAGGCCGGAGCAGACCAUCAACGCUCUGGCUAAAUGCGUGGAGACUUCGUUGACGACGAUCACCAUGGUCGCAACGAAGUCCAACAAUUUGAAGGGGACGUUUCAGCGCCUUCUUAAGGAGGCGGUCAGCGAUAUACGCGCGACCGUCACCGAAAUGAAGAACCGCGGAACGACAGACGAAGUAAGAGCCCUCGAAGCUCAGAAUGCGCGGCUCCAACAGGAGGUGGAGUCUAUGCGCAGAGAAGUAGAGGGCCUACGUCAGCAGAUGACAAAGCCGGCCGAGCAGGACAUGCGCCAGCUGUUGUCUGAGGUCUCUCGCUCUAACGUAGAGACCUUCAGCAACAUGCUGAACGCUCGGCUGGCCGGUCUGGAAAACCGGCUCUUACCGGAGCCACGGCUCCGACCUCCGCUCGCGGCGGACAGAGUAGGGAGUGUUACUCCAGCCGCUGUCGUGAGUGUAGAGGCAAUACCGGAGGAGGUAAUACCGGAGCAGACGCCGGGGACCCCGAAGCCAAAAGCCAAGGGGAAACCGGCCCAAAAGAAGACGCGGCAGCCUGUCGCCACAGAGGCCCCACAAGAGGCCCCGGCCGCGCCCGAGGCGCCCAAGGCCAAAAAGGGCCGAAAGAAGAAAAAGCGGCCGUCAAUGGCUGCUCAGGAGGCGACACAAGGGGGAGCGAACACCAGCGCCCCUCACUCACCCCUCAAUGAUCAAAACAUGGAAGGUUGCAUCGACAAAAAUAUUCCCCGGGCGGGUACCAACAAUGUUGGAGAAUCCCGCACCCCCUCAGAGGAGGGGGUCUGGCCCAUGUAUACGGGGGGCGCCACCGCUGCAAUGAAGGAGAGUAGGAGGAGUGAGGAGAAAAACGACUUUGGCAAUGUAUCACUGGACGAUGAGAGGCAAUCUGACUUGGCUGCUAUGACGACGGCGAGUGAGGGUGAUGGUGGAUCGCGAGCGGUAACGCCCGCAUCCAUUGGCGCGGGUCCUUCGCGAUUUUAUGGAAGACCCGAGAGCGGAAGCGACGAGAGCGGCAACGAGACCGCCGCCUCUCGGAGCCAGGACCGAGGCAGUGAAAGGGAGAGGGAGAAGAUAAGGGCCACUUACCGGCGCAAGAGGCGCGGAAGUGACCUGGAGAACAGCCCUGAAAAGGACAAAGGAGUGGCUUUAAAGCCCUCAUCAAAAAGAGGAAGAGGCAGACCGCCCACCACAGGGCAAUAUGUUGGUCUAGCCAAGUCUAAGAGGGAGUACCUCGAACUCAAGGAGAAGGAGAUAGCGAUGGAAGCGGAGAAGGAGGUCCUGGAAAUGACGAAGAAGUUACCAGAGCUACGGUCCCACCGGCUCUCGGAGGCUUCACUCUCCGAUUGUGCGAUGACAGAGGACGAAGUGGUCACGGCGGAGAAACUGGGCUCAGCCAUAACCCAGAGUCUGGACGCCAUCCUCGCGGUGACCCAAAAGUCCAAAAACUUGAAAGGGACAUCGAUUGCGGCCUUGAAAAAGGCGACCUGCACUAUACGGGAGGCGAGCUCCGCCCUCCUCAGCAGGUCAGCAUCGGAGGAGACAAGAGCCCUGGUAGAAGCAAACACCCGCCUCUCCAGAGAGCUCGACGAGAUGAAGAAGGAGUUGGAGGCCGUCAAGCGCAAGCUCGCUGACGCACAACCACAUACGGCUCCCAAGACCAUCCAAGAGCCGAAUAUGGAGGAGAUACUGCAGCGAGCAAUGCGCGAGGCGGUGUCUCUUAUGAACGCCCGCAUGGACGCGAGACUGGAAGGGCUUGAGGCUCGGCUCCUGCCGGAACCUCGCCUGCGGCCCCCAUUAGCUGCAGACAAGAAGAGGGAUAGUGCCGUUUCGACCUCAUCUGGCACUAGGCCCCAACAGGCUGAAAAAGAAAGUGAGACUCCGCCUCCGCCGGAGCCAUCAGUUUCUACACUGAUGCCUCCGACGAACCCGGGUCCGAAACCGAAAAGGACGAAGAAGGGGCGAAAGUCUGCCGCCGCCGCUGAGGCUGCAGCCGCGAGGCGCGACACAGUGACAACGGCAGCAGGGUCACAGCCAGCCGCCACUCCUUCAUGGACAGAGGUAGUAAAAAGAGGGAAAGGCAAGGCACCGAGGACGGUGGAAGUAAAGAAAAAGGUGCAAAAGAAAAAGGAGAAGAAAAAGAAGGACAAACAGCUCCGCGCUCCGAAAACUGCAGCCGUAGUGCUAACGCUGCGCCCGGACGCGGAGAAGAACGGUGUCACCUACCAGAGUGUCAUCGACAAAGCCAAGCAGCACCUGGAUCUGACUGCGUUAGACAUAGCAGCGGUCAAAUUCAAGCGGGCCGUGACCGGGGCCCGUAUGUACGAGGUCUCGGGUACUGCCUGCAAGGAGAAGGCAGACGCUCUGGCGGGUAAACUGAAAGAAAUAGUGGGAGAGGACAUGGUACACGUAUCGCGGCCACAGAAAUGUGCUGAGUUACGAAUUGCGGGUCUCGAUGACUCGGCGUCGGCGGCAGAAAUCGCGACUGCUGUAGCGAGAACGGGCGGCUGUCGCGCCGAAGAUGUUAGAGUCGGAGAGAUUCGCGUAGACAGGAGAGGUCGCGGCUCGGCCUGGGUCAAAUGCCCGGUCGAGGCCGCAAAACAAGUGACGGCGCCGAACGCUAAAGUUUAUGUCGGUUGGACCGUAGUGCAGGUGACUCUGCUCUCCGCGCGAAAAAUGCGGUGCUUUAAGUGCCACGAAGAGGGCCACACCCGGGCGACGUGCUCGUCAGAGAUCGAUCGCAGUGAGCUCUGCUUCCGCUGCGGACAACCGGGCCACUCGACCAAGCAGUGUGGGAAUCCUCCUCACUGUGCACUGUGCGAGGCAAGACAGAAGCCGGCGGACCACAUCGUAGGCAGUCGUCGCUGCGACAAGUCUGCCCCUCCCAGCAAGAAGAAACGGAAAGGCCCUGAAAAGAGCCAAGGCAACCUGAACCACUGCGCCCAGGCGCAGGAUCUCUGGGUUCAGGCUCUUCUGCAGUGGGAAAUCGACGUGGCCGUUAUUGCAGAGCCGUACCGCGUCCUGGAAAGGGGUGAUUGGUUGGGAGAUGUCAACUCGUCGGUCGCCUUGGUCUUUGGUCCCAAAAUCGUGCCUCCUUCGUCGAGGAAUUCGAUAAGGGGCCGUGGAUUCGUUGUCGCCAUCUUGGGGACCCUCACCGUAGUGGGGGUUUACUUCUCCCCGAAUAGGCCGAUCGUCGAGUUAGAGGCGCUCUUGCUCCGCCUGACCGCCGUCGUAGAGGGGUCGACUCAACCCGUAGUCGUCGCCGGAGACUUCAACGCGAAGUCACCGUUGUGGGGCUCCCCGGCGACGAAUGCGAGAGGUCGCUUGAUGGAGGAAUGGUUGGCUGCCACCGGUUUGGUCCUGGCGAAUCGUGGGGCGACCAGCACAUGCGUCCGGCGGCAGGGAGAGUCCAUAGUAGACCUGACCCUAGUCAGCCCUGCCAUCGCUCAACACGUAACAGAAUGGAGGGUCCUGAGUCGUACUGAGACUCUAUCGGACCACCUCUACAUUCGCUUCGUUAUUUCUCACUUGACGGAGCAAGGCCGCACAAUUUCACCUGGUGCUGGCCCGAGGUGGUCCCUGAAGAAGCUGGACCGCGACAUCCUAAAGGAGGCAGCGGCUGUCGUAUCGUGGGCACCUCUCCCAUCGGAGGACGUAGAGGAGUGCGUGGAGUGGCUAACUGAGGCGGCGCACAACAUCUGCGACGCCUCGAUGCCCCGCGCUGGCCCGGUUCCGCCCAGACGCCAGACAUACUGGUGGAGCCCGGACCUGAAACGCCUUCGAGAGGAAUGUGUAGCGGCCCGACGCCGUUACCUACGGUACCGCAGACGGCGGAUCCGAAAUGCGGAAGAGGAAGACGCCAUCUAUGAUGGAUACCGCUCAGCGCGACACCACCUGCGCGACGCCAUCAGAACGGCGAAGAGAGAGGCUUGGGAGGAUUUCCUGAGAACUCUGGAGCAGGACCCGUGGGGCAGACCCUACAAAUGGGUGAGGCAAAAGCUUCGCCCUGCUGCCCCACCCCUCACUCAGUCCUUGCAGCCGGAUCUCUGCAGAUCCAUUGUUUCGGCCCUAUUUCCACCUAGGGCCGAGUGGUCCCCACCAUCCAUGGCACCACCAACUGCGGAACCCGAAGAGGAGGAGGAAAUUCCCCCAGUCUCAGCCGGAGAACUGGCAGCGGCGGUACAUAAGAUGAGCCUUCAGAAUAAGGCCCCUGGCUUGGAUGGAGUCCCCGGUCGUGUCUGGGUGCUAGCGAUGGAGCACAUGGAAGCGCGUGUGCUCGCCGUACUGAACUUGUGUUUGGUACAGGGGCGAGUUCCACGUCGCUGGAAGACGGGCAAACUCGUGCUACUCAGAAAGGCCGGGCGACCAGAAGACCAGCCGUCUGCCUAUCGUCCCAUAGUGUUGAUCGACGAGAUCUGCAAGACGUUUGAGAGGAUCAUCGUCGCACGCCUCAACCGUCAUCUUGAGAGCGUUGGUCCCAACCUGAGCGAUGCUCAGUUCGGGUUUCGGUCUCGUCGAUCAACAAUAGACGCGGUGGCACGGAUUCGGUCAAUCACGGAGCAGGAAAUCUCUCAAGGCGGGGUGGUGUUGGUUGUCUCGUUGGACAUCACCAACGCAUUCAACACCCUGCCUUGGGAAACAAUAAAGGAGGCCCUGAGGUACCACCGAGUGCCCAGAUACUUACGCCGAACCAUCGGUGAUUAUCUGUCGGAGCGCUCGGUGCAGUACCCUACCGAAGAUGGAUGGGAAGAGCAGGAGGUAGACUGCGGCGUCCCACAGGGUUCGGCUCUCGGUCCGGAACUGUGGGACCUUGGAUUUGACCAUGUGCUUCGCGGUGCCAACUUACCCGGCGUCGAACUGGUCGCGUACGCGGAUGACACUGCGGUGGUCUGUCGCGCCAAAACGCACCGCGAAGCCACAAUCCUGGCGACGGCAGCGGUAGCGCAGGUGGUGCGCAGGAUCCAGGCGCUGGGCCUGACGGUGGCGCUGAACAAGACGGAGGCUAUCAUUUUCCACGGGCCCCGUAACGCGCCGCCGCCUGGCCUGACAAUAAUAGUUGGAGGGACUUCGAUCCAGAUUGCGUCUACCAUGACAUAUCUCGGACUGGUCCUCGAUAGCCGGUGGACUUUCAAAGAGCACUUCCGCCGGCUAUCCGAGAAAGUGACAAAGGCAGCAGGAGCCCUGGCCUCACUGCUCCCGAACCUCGGGGGCCCGAGCCUUACCUGUCGGCGCCUGUACAUGGGCGUGAUACGCUCUAUGGUGAUGUACGGUGCGCCGAUAUGGGCCGAAGAUCUGGCAGCUGUGAACAGGCAGGCCCUGGGACGGCUACAACGGAUAAUGGCGACGCGAGCAGUGCGCGGGUAUCGCACCAUCUCCCGGGAUGCUGCGUGCCUGCUCGCCGGUAGCGUCCCAUGGGACCUGGACGCCAAAACCCUCGCCGACGUCUACUGGCGUAGCGCAGAGGUCCGCGCGGGGGGCAGCAACCCCCUCCCGGAAGCCGUGCGUCGGUGGAGGGAAGAGGCCAACGACAGGGCAUUGGAAGAAUGGGAAGAGCGGCUCGCGGAGCCAAGAGUGAGCGUGGACCUGAUACUGGCCAUCCGCCCAGUGUUCAGGGAGUGGUUGGGUCGGAAGAACGGCGCACUCUCGUUCCGCCUCACGCAGGUGCUGACCGGGCACGGCUGCUUCGGUCGGUACCUGUGCGAGAUCGCCGGGAGGGAGGAGACGACGCGAUGCCACCACUGUGGAGAGGACAGGGACACGGCCGCGCACACCUUAACGGCCUGUCCCUCAUGGAUACCACAACGCGCGGCCUUAACGGCCGCGAUUGGACAGGACAUAUCACUGCCAGCUAUGGUUCGCGCCAUGCUACGCAGUGAACUGGAGUGGAAGGCGGUCGAGAACUUCUCGGAAGAAGUAAUCGCCGCAAAGGAGGAGGCCGAGCGUGACAGAGAGAGGGAGGCGCUGGACCCCCAACGACGAAGAAGGCCAAGGCGACAACGCGUCAUCCAAAAUGACAACUUGCCGUCCUAG